AAAACAUGAGUGUCCUCCCACCAGCCCAGGAAGAGGUUGGCGUAUGAGGUUUCCGGUUUGGUAUUAACUGCAUGGACGUCACUUCCGGCGUGCGGUCCAUGCUGACACGCACGCCGCGAUACUAGCAACACAUGGCCGGAUCUGACUACACCUGUGGGUGUCGCUAGUCGCGAUUGGGCGCAUGGGGUAUUUAAAGGGAGGGGGGAAACUCAGGAUGACUACAUCAGACCUAUUUCCCUUCACUGCUAACGACACCAUGUGUCUCUUUGUUGGCUAGCCCUGCAUCUUGGGGGACAUAAAUCGGGGCACCUCUAUCCUUGUUUGGUGCUUUUCAGUCAGGAAGACCCAUGUACCUAUCCAUGAACCUCCCGACCAACGAUCUGUACGUGAUCCGUUGUUAUUGCCAACAUCAGUGUGUAUCUAGGCAGUUGAGUUCAUCGAUCAUGCUGUAAAGUAACCGUAUGUAAAUUGCCUCCGGGCGAUCAUUUAUCUACUCUGGGUCUGAUGUCAUGUCGUAAAGGAUUAUUUAUUCCUAUAUCUAUUUACGCACGUAUCAUUGGACUGGGACGGCCAUAAUCCUUGGCAAAGGUCCCAGGACCUAUUAUACCUACCACAUAUAACCCCCUGAUGAACCCAUUGGUAUGGGUGAAACGCGUCGGGGCUGUAGGCUAUCCAUUUCAAUAUAUCUGUCUUUAAUUGUGCGUGUGUUUGUUUGUAUUAUUAAUUUUAUCCUCUUGGUGUGCCCUGUACCUCUUGGUUACGCCACGAGGGCGGUAUACAGUGGACACCUCUUUAACUAAUUCUUUCAUUGUUAUGUGCUAGUUAUCCGUUAGGAUACCACGUAUUACCCUUCCUUUUCCACCUGCCACCUCAGCAGGGACAUUUAGGAAUUUGAUAGUAGGUACGUGGACAGGGCGCCUCCACCACCAGGAGACGUCCCUGGGCAGAGGAUCAGUUUAGGGAAUCAGUGCGAGGGACUCUCUCCCCAGCCCCCCGCUUCCAUCCAUUAUUUAUCCUCUAUAUCUGACUCUACUCUGGCCUCUCCUUGGAUUUAACUGCAACAUAACUCUGUAUAUAUGUGUUUUUGUACUUUCUCAUAUUUCUAUUAAAUGAUUUAAAAUUUAGAUAUCUAACUAAUGAAUAGGGUACCCCUGCUGGACUGAUUGUUUCAUACACUAAUACCCCGUUUUUGUAUUUCUUGACAUUUGUAUUGCUGGUCCUCUACAUUAUUGUUUCUUUGCUAUGGCUACAUUCCUAACAGGAACUAUCUUUACUGAUGAUCUGAUAAAUGAAGCAAGGGACGUCUUCUCGGAUAGGGGCGUUCCCGCGCUGGACCAAUCAGCAUCAGGUAAACAGGUAUUUAGUGAUCUUUACACCUACUAUAAAGACAAUAUCAAAUCCUGGUGGGAGAUUAAGUCGCUUGAGAGUUAUCUCGAGCAAAAAAUUGUACCACGGGGACUCCGUAUUCGUAUACGGCCCGCUGACAGAAUCUCCUCACCAGGAUUCUUGGUCAGGUGGGAGGACACCCUGACUCAUAACUCCCUGUCUCUUAUGAAAUUAUUGUUGGAUGAAGAGAGAUUAUUAUUUGAAAGCACUUCCAAGAAAUUAAGGGAAAAAAUUGACACGGCCCUUAAACUCAAGGAAGAUCCAGAGUUCGCCAGAAGGGAGGCAUCUCUACAAUCGGCUGUAGUCAGGUUUCAGACGCUCAUAAAAGAGCGCAAGCACAGACAAUUUGUGCGAGACCUGGGUGAUUUUAGAGAAAAUCGGGCAUAUAUUGCCACACAGAGUCAGGUGUCUGAAUCCGAACCUUCAUCUUCGGACGUAGACACGUCUGACACCGAGUCUCGACCAAAACCGCGAUACGUGCCUUCGAAUCGGGGUCGCCCUGACUCCAGACGACAGGGCGGUCGGCGAUGGUCAGGACAAAGCGGCUAUCGUGGCAGGGGUGGAGGCUAUCGGGGUCAAGGGUAUCAACAUCCCCUCCCCGUCUAUCAGCCGCCCCCCUCCACCGGUUCUUCUCAAAACCACCAAUCCCAGCAGCCGCCACCUUCCGCUGCCUCUGCCGCCUCUUCAUCCUCCUCAUCUUUUUUAGAGAAAGGGGUGAUCCCUUACUCGCUUCGGAAUCGCUAAGAAGGGUACCUGCAGAUGAUCUCCAAAUCAUCAAUCUCUCUGCCCGGACCCUUCGCCCUGAGGAGGUGGAGGUCCUCAGGCGGGGACUGUCGUUCGUACCCACCACAGACUUUAGUACCUUCGCCUGGACUAAGGACCUCCACCUCUUCUGUAGGAGGCUCAAAUGGCACAAGUUCUUCAAGAGCUCCAACAGAGACACAUGCCGAAGACUGGGCCUGGAAGAGACGGACUUUGGAGACCUGCAGGACCUUGUUGACCUCAAUAGUGAACAUAACAGAACCCCUGGCACAGGCCCAUUUACCAAGCUUAGGCCCAAAAGUAAUAGAAUGCCACCCCCAUUGAGUUCAGAACACAUUGAUAUAUUCCUUCAGCUGGUCACACGAGACCUCGACCAGCUAGGAUAUGUGAGACCUAGAUCCUUUAACCUAUCAGUUUCGGAGAUGGAGGCACUGAGGUCAUUGGAGAGGGAUGAGACGAUCGUGAUCAAGCCAUCCGAUAAGGGUGGCAAUCUUGUCAUCCUUGACUCCUUGCUGUAUAAAAAUAUGUGCCUAGACCUCCUUAAAGAUAGAGAGGGCUAUGAGAUUCUUCAUAAUAACCCGACUGUAAUGUACUUGGGUGAGCUCAAAAAUAUCUUGGACAUGGGUUUACAGAACAAGGUGAUCAGCACCACAAAAUAUACAUUUCUCCUGCCAGUGAAACCUUUGGUAGCUACAUUCUAUGGCCUCCCUAAAGUGCAUAAGGGUACCUCUCCCCUCAAAGGCCGUCCAAUCGUGUCAGGCGUUAACUAAUUGACACAGAACUGUGGUGUCUAUUUGGACCAGAUUCUGAGGGAGUUCGUCGUGUCCCUCCCUGCAUAUACGAGGGACACGAUGGACUUCCUCAACAAGAUCAAUGCCUUGAAUCUGGAUCCAACAUGUAUACUUGGCAGUAUUGACGUCGAGGCCUUGUAUAGCUCUAUACCAUAUGAGCAUGGUAUUAGGGCUGUUGACUACUACCUGAAAACCAGAGGUACUCAUUGUUUUUCCCAUAAUGUCUUUAUUUCGUGAACUCUUGACGUUCACUCUCAAUCACAAUUUUUUUCUGUUUAAUGCACGGUUUUACCACCAGCUCAGGGGGACGGCGAUGGGCAGUCCUUGUGCCCCGUCAUACGCCAACCUCUUCCUGGGCUGGUGGGAGGACACUCAUG